UUUUCUCUCUGGCCUUCCAGAGCUGUGUCCAUUCGAUCUUAGUGAGGAAGGCGCUAGAUCUCUUGUGUCAACAUCGGAUAUCCCACCACUAUAUCUCUCCUCUUCGCUGGCCAUACCCUCUCCGUCUCCGUCUCCGUCUCCAGAGCCUCCCAUUGUCUCGCGAUAUCUCACAGUCGGGGAUUGUCUUGCGUCAGACAUGUCGAAAUCCAAGGAUAGCAGCUCCUCCGGGGGCUUUCAUCAGGAGUACAUAGCGUCAUUGCGCUAUCGCAAUGACCUACCUCCUCCUGAUAUGCCCCCGAAAUUCUUGGAUAUUCCCCACGAAGGGCUAGAACGACUCCUCACACCGGGUUUUGCUUCGAACUUGGCUCGGCGCGAAGAACCGAACAUCGACGUCGACGCGGAAGGCGGGAUGCCAAUUGACUUGGUUGGCAUCCCGGGCCUUCAUUUGGGCGACGAGAGUGCGAUCAUGGCUGCCGAGAACCCAGAUCCUAUCGACCCCGCCGAUCUUCCCCUUCUGAUGACGCUGGAGCAGCUGAAGAACCCCGCUCCGAAGAACGCGAACGUGAGCUUCUUGCGCCGCACACAGUACAUCUCCGCCGGUGGUCGUGCACCGGAGGGCCCCAAGGUCACUCCGAUUCGGCCUAAGCAGCGCCAGAACGAUAAAGCGAAAUCGCAAGACGAUCCCGCCUACGUUAAGAAGUACAUCCAGAAAGGAUUCGAUAUCGCAUACCCGGAGAGCAAGCAUACGGGCGACGACACGGCGAGUAAGAUCAAGGGCCACACCGCCACGAAAAUUGAGCACGAUGCAUGGGCUACUCCAGUUCACCCUGAUAAUCCCAAGUUGAAGCCUGUUGGCUUCUACCCUCUCCUGCCCGACCUGCAAGGGUUUCCCGACCCUGGCGGUUUUGUUCAGUUCAAGUUCGACAAGGCACCGGUCCAGGAUUUCUCUGGAAAGCGAGACAAGCGAAUGGAUGCUGCGGUCCUCCUCCCGUCGGCACCCGAGGAACGUGUCUGCCAAGAACACGCGACCAAGGUCACUUUGCAUAAGACAAAUCCCAAACUCUAUCCCGAUCCCGGCCCUAUCCCGUGGGAUUACGAUCUGUUCUUACCUGAGAAGAGGGAAUCGGCGAAGGAUGUCCUGGCGAGCAUGCACCUCCCCAAUCCGGACCGCAACAACGAAGAGCUAUAUACCAACGAAGGACCCGAUCAUUCCAAGUUCCACCGUUACACACGCAUCCGCACUUAUGCGACCAGCGCACAGACUCUCGGGGCUGAUAACAGGCAGAAAGACGUUGCGCUUACCCUUUUCGAUCCCGCAGAAUUGAAGGAAGGGCAGGCGAGCGAAGUAUCGACGAAGCAGAAAGCCGCCUAUUACUAUCCAAUCCUCGGAAAGACGCGUUUGAAGCCCGAGCGUGCACGUACCAUUGCCCAAGCAGGUCUGGCACCGACGCUCCCCAAGACAAAAGAAGACCAAGUCGACCAGCUGCAAGUCGUGGUGCGCGACCCUGACGAAGCCGAGGUGUAUAAGCGCGGUCUGUACAGAGCUGCCAUUGACCCGAAAUUUGCCAAAACGAUGCCCCCGCCGCCUGAAGAGCCGGAGGAGGAGGCAGUCCAGGAGGCGGAGUCGCCUAGAGAGAAUGAGGACAGAGAUCACGAGACUGGCGCUGAGGAAGUGGACCGGAUGAGUGACGAGUAGCGCAUUCCCUCCUGUAUAUUCGAGUCAAUGCCUUCUCAGGCUUACUCUUCUCCUUUUAUUACUUUUACUUGAACACAUUGGCUGUCCUCACGGUUUGCGACGUGCCAUAGAUAGCCCUUUGCAUCUGCCUUUUUCUGCCGAAAUGCUUGGGUUCAUACUCUGCGUCCGCAUCUACAGCGAUGUUCAGGCUAUCAGCGACGCACAAACCAUAUAUUGAAACUGAUUGGCAGUGGGCGAUGAGGCAGCGGAACAAAUCACUCACUGGUUACUGGCGUUGGGUGGCAUACAUGGAAUGGAGUUUAUAGCGAGGAAAACUGAUCGUUGGAUUGAGUCUCAAUGAUUUUGUAUGUACCUGUGACAAUCGCACAAAACUACAUAGCAUACCUUGUCAUUAUAGAAC